AUGACGAUAAUUAGAGAACGAGUUAGAAAAGAUUACGACAAACGAGGAUUAUUGUAUAGAAAUAAGAAGCAUAGAAAGCUUGGACAUAUGAAAGAUAUAUCAGAGAAAUUCAGUUCAACUCAAGAAACUAUCAUUCCAAGUACUAUGGAUAGAGAAGAAAAGGGAUUAUAG